UCAGAAGCAGGCAUGCUGUCCAUGCUGCGCAGGAUAUUUCGGAGGGAGAAUAGAAUACAGACAGAGAACAGACCUAGGCAGAAGAGGCAGAAGGAGCCUGGCCUUCUGUCAUGUUGGGAAACAAGAAGGAAGAAAUGGUCAUGGGGAAGGCACAGGUCUGAUGGGAAGGCAUCAUCACAACUCUCCAUCAUCAAUGAGGAGGAGCAGAGAAUGAAGAGGUUGGACAAGCUCAAAAGUGAUCUCCAGAAGAUGGAAAAUGAGAGAAACGAACUCCGAGGAAUCCUGGCCCAUUAUACUAACAAGGACUUGAAUGACAGGAACAACUUUGAGAAGUUCAUGCUUACGAUGCAAUACCACCAAAUGAUGACUGACCUCAAGAAAAUGCCACAAGAGAUCAGUGAAGCCUUGUCCAAGAGCCAGGAACUGACUAAAGAAAAUCACUCAUACUGGAUCAAUAAUUGCCAACUCCUAAGUGAAUAUAACCAUCAAAAGCACAAAGUCAAGAUGUUGUGGAGUGAGAAAAGGGAACUGCUACAGGAGCAGAUUGCACUGGAAGAAGACAGCAAGCUAACGAACAUUUUGUGUAUAAAAGGAUGCGAGGUUUUGAAUGACGCCUGUCCCAAGCAGCAUCAGACUGUGUUCCAGCAAGGGUGUAUGCUUGGACGGUUUCAGAGAAGUGCUGAGGCACAUCAAGAUCUGCUGGGCAUCCAGGAAGAGUCUGAGAAGGUCAUUCUUUGCUGA